UGUCUCGUAAGUUUAGCCGCAGUGUGUGAAGACACCUUACAGCAUGAAGGUUCCACCCGGGUCGAAGAGACAGCAGGUUUUGAUUAAACUUGUGCGCGGUGUGAAUGAUAUAACGGGAGUUAUUUCUUUACACUUGUUCUCCUAAGUGUUUUCCCUUCCCGGAAUUUGUAGUUUGAAAGAAGAGAAAAGGAGCAGGACGAGUCUUCUGCCAUGGCCAAGUCGUCAACUUGUUGAUGUUUUCACUUCGUUGUUUUGCUUUUAUUCAGGAGUGAGAAGAUGCCACAUUCUGUCGACUCCUUCCCGACAGAAACACUCCUCUCUGACACCUUCACUUUGGACUUCUACUCUAGCAGUGAACACACCACAGAGCCGUACACAGCAGGAGGCUUCAUCGCCAGUCUCAGCAACAUCAGCAGGUCAGGCGGCCUGCGCUGCACCUACAAAGAAGACUUCAAACGUAUUUUACUCCCGGCUGUGUACACCUUUGUGUUCCUGCUCGGCCUUCCUCUAAACGCUGUGGUCAUACUGAAGAUAUGGAGGACUCGACCACACCUGUCCAAAAACAACAUCUACAUGCUCAACCUGGCCAUAGCUGACCUCCUGUAUGUGAUGUCACUUCCUUUGCUCAUCUACAACUACGGCAGCCGUGACUACUGGCCCUUUGGGGAGUUUGCCUGUAAGCUGGUGAGGUUUCAGUUCUACAGUAAUCUGCACGGCAGCAUCCUCUUCCUCACCUGCAUCAGCAUUCACCGCUAUGUGGGUAUUUGCCAUCCUCUCGCCAUGUGGCUGAGACAAGGUGGUGCCAGGCUGGCGUGGUGUGUCUGUGGUGGAGUGUGGCUUGUGGUCGUCGUCCUGUGUGCCCCUACUUUUCACUUUGCAGCCACAGGAAUCCAGAGAAACCGCACCGUGUGUUAUGAUUUAAGCACACCGAAAAACUCAGUAGACUACUAUCCCUACGGCAUGGCUCUGACCUUUCUCGGUUUCUUGGUGCCGUUUAUGGUCGUGUUGGUGUGCUACUGCCGCAUGGCCCAAAUCCUCUGCCGCCCUGUGUCCUACCAGGGCGUCUCCAUGUCGACUGGAGAGAAACGAGACAAGGCGGUGAGGAUGAUCGUUGUGGUGAUGACAGUUUUCUGCAUAAGCUUCCUGCCGUUUCACCUCACAAAAACCAUGUACCUGGUGAUACGCACACUGCCUGGUGCGCCCUGCGAGACAAGGAACCUCUUCUCCAUAAUUUAUAAGAGCACCAGGCCGUUCGCCAGCAUGAACAGCUUCUUGGACCCCAUACUGUUUUACUUCACUCAGCCACGCUACCGCAGGAGCACCAAGAGGUUUGUGCUUAAAAUCACCACUCUUAGGGUGAAGGGCACCAAUGUGUGAGCUCAAAGAAGACCAUUUUCUGCCAAAGUACUGCUAAAUUACUUAAUGCUACUCAUGCAGACAAUCCUAGGGUACUGCAGAGUGAUGCAUGUAAAGGCUGCAGAGUUUUAAACGGCUUGUUUAUGCAAGGUUUAAUGUAAGCUGCAGACAUUUAUGCUUUUAACAACUACAGUGCACUGUGACAAAAACGGUGUAUUCUUCAUUGGGUUUGUAGGUACUGCCAUAUAAAGCAGCCUUCUGAAUAGAAGAUAAACUUAAAAGAAGAAAAGAAGAGAUAUGUAGAUGAUGGUUUUAUUGUCAGAUGAUGAGGAUAUUCACACGCGGUUAUCCCAGUUAUCUGUGAAACGCUACUGUCUCUGUGCAUAGUGUAGUUCAGGAAAAACUUUUAUCGUUUUUGUAAAUACAUAUGUUUCAGAUUACUUUUACACUGUGAACUGAGGAAUAUAUUAAAAUAUCUCCAUGCUAAAUACAGAUCAAAGCAUGAAAGAUGAUUUUUUUUGUGUGUUUCGUGGAGAUGGAAGCAAUUUAACAGAGAAGAAAAAAUCAAUGAAAUGCACUGUGGCUCAAAGCUAUGCAAAAACUAAAAUACAUUUAAAAUGUUUAUGCCUGCAUGUCAGACAUGCACAAAGCACUAGUGAGUGAAAAUGACCUCAAAGACAAGUGUGAGAGAAGCAUGCUGGUUGAAGUAAGUGAGAGAUAAAAUGUGUUUGAGAAGCACAUUCAAAUGAAGUUUUUUUUUUCCCACAUUGUUUCAGUUUUAACCAAGAUUCCAGGCUUGUGGUUUAAUGUUUUAUCACUACUGUCAACAGUCUGCACGGUAACUCUGCCUCUGUCAUGUAUUGGAUUUUUACCCAUCACCAUAUUAUCCAUAUUAAGGAUCAGAUCUUAAUUACUGCUAUCAGAGAUUAGCUAAGGCUGGUCAACUAACCUGAAAUAUCUAGCUUAUAUUGAACUAAAGUUUUCUUCAAAUGUCUUGGAAAUUCUCCACUGAUUUAAAGGAGUCUGUUUUAAAGUCUGCACCAACAACAAGUUGUAUACUAUUUAAUUCAGUUACUUUAUCUGCAUGAAAGGGAAGUAAAAGUUUAUGGACUGAAGGCCAGAUCUAAAUUAAGAGUAAACUCUGUGGUUUUUCCACUUCCUGUAAGUGUUUGUAAGGCUUCCCAUGAAUUUAAGUUUUCUGUUCCAGGAAAUCACCUCUGUUUAUAAAAGAGAUUACUGAGAAUAUAUAACAGGGAAUAGACACGUUUAAGAAGAGGAGCUCUGAACUCCAAUAAAGGUUAUUUUUAUUCUUUAAAGUGUGUUACCCUAAACCACCCUGCUUGUGCAUUUACUACUGGCUUUAUCAAUCCUGCUUAUUCAAUGUGCCUGAGGUGGUUAAAAUAUGACUAACACCGUAGUUAAUGUCAACAUUUUAAAUACUCUGAGCCUUCUUGUAUGAUACUUUUGAGGCAGCUUUGAAACUUCAAACUUGCUUUAAUCCUGCAACUACAGUUCGAGUUUUGCUCACAUGAGGAGAGAAACAUAUUUAUGGAUUUAAUGUGAACAUUAGAGCAUCUAAAAUGCAGUAUAUCAUAAAUUGAGGUCAUGUUAAAAACAUCCUCAUGUCUGUGUAGCUGUACAGCAUGUAUACUCUGUGAUGAACUGUAGUCAUAUAGAGUAUAUUGUGCUUCAAGAAAGAGUGAAUGUUCAAGUCUUGUUUCUGUAUUAACUAAUAUUUGAGGUGUUCUUCUGAAAUGUGUUGUGUGUGUGUUGUCUAUUUAAAAAGAUGUCUGCACAGUGCCAACAUAUUAAUUUCAGUCAGUAUUAUUCUGAAGAAGUCUUAUUUUUGUAAAUGCUGUAACUUUGAGUAGAAUGUGGAAUAGAUUUAUAUUUUGUUACAUAGAGAGAAUAAUUGAGAUAAAAGGGAAGUUGACAUUUUGUAUAUUUUAUUUUUUUUAUUUUUUUCUCUUAAAAUGCCGCCUUCUUGAGAUUCUCAUGAAACGUAUGGACAUUGUUUAUCUUUAAGGAUGUAAAACUAACCGAAAAAGGCUAUUAAAAAAGUCUACUGUGAA